AUGGCGACGAGCAAGGCCUCCCGUCACCUACCCCCUUACCACAACUUGACCCGUCCAGCAGUGUCGCGAAAAUCCCACAUUCAGCCCACUGGCAAUGGCCAUCAAUUCAGCUAUUCCCGUUCCAACCGCUUCGCUCAGUUAUCACCACAGAGUAGCUCGGAAGACGAUGAUGAAGAUGACGACGAUGAACAAGGUGAUGAGGACGUGGAUCGGGAAUCAUCCGAUGCCGAAUCGUCAGGAACUGACAUGCCUCGAUCCUCAAGCGACGAGGGAGAAGAGGAGGAGGAAGACGAUGACGAUGACGACGACGACGACGAUGACAGCAACGCCCACGAUGACGACGAGUAUACUGCCCAUGACGGGGUUAAAGCCGGCAACAAUAGACGACGUCCCCAAAGUAAUCCAAGUGAAGAUCGCGACAAGGAAGAGGAUGAGCUGGAACUAGACCAGCCGACCGUACUAAGCCCCGCAGUCGAGCGCGCUAACCGGUCCACAUCUUUGGCGAACUUGACCGUCGAGGAGUUGUCCGACUUUGACCCAAUGGACCAGGAACGUGCCGGUGUCAUCGGCCCCACUAGCAUCGAGUAUCCCGAUACGGAGCGGUCCCGCUCUCGGUCUCGCGACAUUCGCAGUUCCGCAAGCAAAAGCGAAGGCGAAGGCAAAAGCGGAAGCGGAAGCGAAAGCGGAAGCGGAAGCGAUUCCAGCAGUCGCCGUCAAUACCACCAUUCUCUCGCCUAUGCCAACCUCACCCACCGCCCGCGCCGCUCCGAACUUGACCGCAACAUGAUGUCAGACCUUCGAAAUCUGAACUGCACCGCCUCCGAGGCAUCCCGGGAGGCAUCCCCGGCGGUAUCCUCGGCGGUAUCUCCGGAGGCAUUUCCCAGGGCGGCCCAUCCUUGCGAUGUCGAUGCCAAUGACGAGGAGGACGACUUUUUCGACCCCGCCGACGACGCCGCGCUCAAAGAGUUCGCGCGCAUGCAGCGCGAGAUCAAGAUGCGCAAGCGCCGAUCCCACGGUAGCUCCAUCGGCAAGCGUACGCACUCGGAGCGAAGCGACAGCGACGGCCUCGAAGAUCUUAUCCCGUUCGGGGACGACAUGGCUGCCUGGGAUGCCGUAGGUGCCAGUGCACGGCGGUUGCGGCGCCGUGUAGGCGACCGGCGCAGCCUGCAGUUUCAAGACCCACCGCCGGAGCGCAUCGAGGAACUCGAAGAGCCCUCGAGCGGCGAGGAAUAUGCUGCGCGGCUGCGGAUGACUCGAGGAUUCGGCAUGUUGUUUGGCGAUGGCGAAGCGCUGGCACGGGAGCUCCCCUACUACGCUAUGGAGAUUGAUGAAGAUAUUUAA